AUGGGAGUCCCCUUCGAGGCUUUGCUCCCUUAUGGGAUCAUUAUUGGUUUGUUCGGCGUGACCGGUGUUGGUCUUUCGACUCUCAAGUACUAUUCAAACGGCCGCAAGAACCCAAGAAGAGGCAUUGAUGCGUGGGAUCAGACUAACUCUUUGAUAGCAAAGCCGCCGGCUACCCAAUUACUGAUACAAUUGUUCAAACACUCUAGUGAUGGAACGAGACCUACGGCUUACAGGCCAGAGGAGAGGACAGACAAGCAACCAUGCUGCACCCCCAGGCUUCGCAUACAGCAACCCAUGGAAGGUAUGGCUGGAUAG